GGAACGUUACUUUGAGGUUGCUAAACGUAAAAAAAAUAGCUUGUCGUCAUACAUGCCACAAAUGACAAAAACAUUAUUACUACGUAAAACCAAAAAAUAUUCUUCUAUCCACUGAUUGCAAUUCUUAAAAAGUCUUACUAGGGCUCCAUUUUAAAGAUAAAGUAUAUUUUAUAGGGAAAAGGUGGAAAUUUUCAGGUGGCAACCUUCAGUUAACUGCCUUCAUCUUCAAGUCCCGCCAAAAAGUUCGGACUAUGGAAUUGUGAGAAUCGGAAAACUAAAAACUGCCUUCAAGUUUGUAAUGUUUUCUAUCUUCUACCCACGAUAUUGUUAUUGUACAUCAUUGGUGGAGUAAUACGAUUCAUACGUGGAAAACCUAACCUAUCACUCCUUUCUUCAAGUGUCUUUCAUCGGUAUGAAUAUGAACAAAUAUUCCAAGAACUUUAUUUUGGUCGGGGACUUGAACCAUCAUUGUCUGCUGUGCAAGGAGUCGUUUCUGGCAGUAGACGACUUGGAGAAGCACUUAAGAUGGGAGAAACACCGGAAAAAUAUCAAAGACCUGAGCCCUAUGCCGAAGUUUAAGAGGGAUCGCAUUUUUAAGAUCGAUGACAAGUACUUCUGUGAGCAUUGCAACCAGAUUUUUAGCACUAUUUCGGAAAUACCCAAGCACAUACAGGAUGAAUAUCACCAAAAGCGUAAAGCUGAACCCGAAAUGGAACUUCGACCCUCACUGUGUAAAAGAGAGUCUGGUAUAACAUUUAUAGGGAAGGAUAAUAAUAUGAUUAAGAUUCCUAAUAAAGAGUGGUAUGGAAUAAUAGAUUCAAGAUGCAUAUUCUGUGAUGUUGAUGUGGAUCAUUUUAUGAAACAUAUUUCAUGGUCGGACCAUAUGAUAACUAUGAUUCAAAGUAAGAUUGUUCUGAAUGAGGAAGGCAUAUUUUAUAGGGAGUUUAAAGACAAGUAUGGUUACUGCUUCCUGUGUAAGACAACAUUUCAAAUACAGUCAAAGAAAGACCACUGGAAAGAUGAACUUCACAUAGAGAAGACAAAGGCACAUAAUGAGAGCAAUGCCAAAACUUAUCAGGAAAAGAAACUGGAUGUGGCUAUUAAACUUAUUAAUACCCAGAAAGACUAUUUUGACAUUGAUCUGGAAAACAGAGUAGCCACAUGCAAGAUUUGUACUGCCUAUGUGAAUAUAAACUUCAAAUAUAUGAUAGAGCAUAAGAAAAUUCAUAACAUAACAGAUAAAGAUAAGAUUAAACAAACUCCAGUGGACAUGGAAAAGGUCUUUAAGUCUCUCAGAAUUAAGAGAUCUAAGAAAGAAAUCUAUGAUCAUGGUAAAAUAAGGGCUGAACUAGCCAAAUUUGGAAGGGAGAAUUUUAUCAAACUGGUAUUUCCAGGAGACAAAGGAUACUGUUUGCUUUGUGGCACAUAUAUGUCUGCUCAUAUGAAAAAGUUUACUGAACAUAUGAACGGAUAUAUUCAUAUGGCACAAUUAGAUUUAAAGAAUGGCAAAGCUCAUGUCAAGCCAGCAUAUAAGACAACGAAUAUGAAGAACUUUAUAGAGACAAUAAGCUUUUCUAAAGAUUUGCAUGCCUUGUGGAUCAACAAACAGUUUGCCGUUGAUGUAACUUCAUUAGCACUUGUUUCUAAGAUCAGUGAUCCUCAAUGUGAGAAAUUCCAAUGUUAUGCAUGUGACAAUACUUAUAAACAAAAAGAAUUUGAAGAACAUUGUCUCUCAGAAAUGCACAGAAAAAUCUUUCUUAAUUCUGAAGUUAUAACUACAAUUGAGGAUGAAUUUAUUAGAGAGGUUUGUCCGAAUCUAUACCACUGUGCAGUUUGCAACCUAAUGUUUGCAUUUUGGGACACAUUGGAUAAACAUAUACGUAGUAGCAAGCAUAAGACGGUCAAGACUGUUAUGCAAGAUGAAUUCUCUGUAUGUACAGAGCUGGAAAUACUAUCUUUGGACCAAGAGAAAUUGUUAGCAAAAUUGGUCAGCUUAGGUUCUAAAAGAGUUAUCAGUAUCACUAUCAAGCAGCCCACACAGGAACAAUAACAUGAAGAUGUUAGGGUACUUGCAUAUGUCAUAGCAUCAUGUAAAAAAAUGCAUGUUUAGUGGCUUUAGUAGGUAUGUGCUAGCACAUAAUUGUUUGCUGAAUUGGGUUUUUUUCCAUAUUUUUGAUUUCAUGUUUUUUUUGUUUUUGUUACUGAGAAAAUUUAGUUUGCUUUUUGUUUACUUUAUUAUUAAUUUUAGGCUAAGUUAUGAAUGGUUAUGAUUAAAAACUGAAAGAAGUAAAA